AUGGUAUAUAAUGACAUAAGCGAUGAAACGAAGCUUAAAAUCGCCAAAGAAUUGAAUCAACCGAUGGUUGCCUUUGUGUCCAAAGGAGAAGAUAAUGAAAGUGUUUAUAAUAUCAGAUACUUUACAACAGGACAAGAAAUACCGCUUUGCGGUCACGCGACUGUCGGCACCACUUAUGCCUUAUACGCCAAUCAGACGACCGCCGGUCGUAUCAAACAAUUCAAUUUUACGACAAAGUCGGGCAGAAAACUGACCGCUAAUGUAAGCGACGAUAGUUUGGUCACACUUUCGAUGCCAUCCAUACUCUCAACGCGCGUCCAUUUGAACGAUCGCUGGACUCAAACGCUAAUCAAAACUUUGGGCAAAGAUGUCGACGAAAGUGUUGUCCACGAAGUCUGCAAAUCAUCAGACUUUGCGAUAAUUGUGUUCAAAGAUUCGGCGAAAAAUCGUUUACUGGAAUUAAAGCCAGAUUUCGAUGCCAUGAAUAAACUGGAGAGGAAUGGCAUCAAAAACGGUAUAGUAGUCACGCAGAGAGCCGACUACCGGAGCACUGGUUUCCACUUUUAUUCGCGCGUAUUCUUGCCGUGGGUUGGAUUGAAUGAAGACCUGGUGUGCGGACACGCGCACACUCAGCUCACACCCUAUUGGACGCAACGACUGGCCAUCACUGGGCAAACAUUGGUCGGUAAACAAUGUUCCCGACGGCCAGGUAUUGUCCGGUGCCGUAUAAAUGGCGAUUCUGUCGAUAUAAGCGGCAAUGCAGUGUAUACCCUCGCACAUAAAAAGGCGCGAAUGCGACAUGAGUGCGACCUGUGA